AUGCCUCUCAACGCCAAGGCCAUUUACCCGGCCGAGAACCCGGAUUUCGUUCCCUUCUCGAGCAGAAGGAGUGUGGUUCACAGUACUAAUGGUAUCGUGGCCUGUACACAGCCUCUGGCCGCUGCUGCGGGCCAGAGGAUCCUGAGAGAAGGUGGAAAUGCAGCGGAUGCUGCUGUGGCAGUUGCGGCUGCAUUAAACAUUACGGAACCGUCAUCGACUGGUAUUGGAGGUGACAUGUUUUGCCUCUUCUACAAUGCCAAAACGAAGAAGAUCAGCGCUCUCAACGGCUCCGGCCGAUAUUCUGCCAAUGGCUCUCUGGAGAAGAUCAAGAAAGCAUUGGAUAUCGCACCCGAUGAAGGUGGCAGCAUCCCUAUGACCAGUGUGCACGCUGUGACGGUGCCCGGUGCGGCAGCAGGCUGGGUUGACACUGUCGAAAAGUUCGGCAGUGGGAAGCUGUCUCUGGAGCAGAUCUUGACGCCGGCAAUUGAGCUUGGGGAGGAGGGUUUCCCUGUCUCAGAACUCGCAUCGUACUUCUGGUCAGAAAGUGAACAUCUGAUCCGUGAUGCUUCUCCGAACUUCAGGGAGAUGCUCAAGGCUGAUCCCAAGGCCAAGGAUGGGGUGAGAUAUCCUCGUCCUGGCGAGAUCAUGAAGAACCCAACCUUGGCCAAGACUUUCCGGACUCUAGCGGCAGAGGGGAAAAAGGGAUUCUACGAAGGACGUAUUGGACAGGCCCUGGUAAAGGUUGUGCAGGAUCUUGGUGGGUUCCUGACCCUGGAUGACCUGAAGCAUCACGCAGAGACCGGCAGCCAGGAGGUCGAUGCCAUUUCCUUGAAGUUUAAGGGCCAGAAUGUCGCAGAAAAGCAGACCCCAGGAACUGACGGUGCACCCAACGAGGGAGUCGAGGUUUGGGAGCAUCCCCCCAACGGCCAGGGUAUCGUCGCCCUCAUGGCGUUGGGUAUCCUCGAGGAACUUGAACUUGCCGGCAAAAUCCCCAAGUUCACUCAAGAACAGCACAACUCCGCAGAAUACCUCCAUGCGGUCAUAGAGAGUCUACGGAUCGCAUUCGCAGAUGCCUCAUGGUGGGUGACCGAUCCGGACGUCGAGAAGGUCCCCUCUCAGGGUCUCAUCUCCAGACCCUAUCUCGCUGAACGAGCCAAGCUCUUCAAUCCGGACAAAGCCUCCGAUAUUCUCGACCACGGAAGCCCAGCCCACAACCACUGUGACACCGUCUAUUUCGCCGUCACCGACAAACAAGGUAACGGUAUCUCCUUCAUCAACAGCAACUACGGCGGAUUUGGCACCUGCAUCAUCCCCGAAGGCUGUGGUUUCACGCUGCAGAACCGCGGUGCCAACUUCUCUCUCAAGGAAGGCCACCCCAACGUUCUGGCGCCACGGAAAAGACCCUACCACACCAUUAUCCCGGCCAUGAUCACAAAUCCCUCCGACGGCAGCUUGCACUCCGUUUAUGGAGUUAUGGGUGGCUUCAUGCAGCCGCAGGGCCACGUCCAAGUUCUCUUGAACAUGCUUGCUUUCGGCUACAACCCGCAGGCUGCACUAGACUCCCCACGUAUCUGCAUUGGCGCCGGUAUGCCCGAAGUCGGAAAGGUGCUGGACCGCACAGUAUAUGUGGAAGAGGGCAUCAGCGACGAGGCCGUCGAGGGACUGAAGAAGCUCGGCCACCAGGUCACGGUCCUGAAGGGCUGGAAGAGAGGCAUGUUUGGCCGUGGACAGGUGAUCAGAUGUCAUUAUGAGGAUGGAAGAAUUGUCUACAGUGCCGGUAGCGAUCUGAGAGGUGACGGCAUGGCCAUUCCAGUGUGA